GAGCUACCUCAAUCUUAUCGAGAUGUUGUUCGUGGGAGUUGGAGCACUGUUCUUUUUAGCUGCCGUUUUGGGUGAUUCCCUGGAUGUGUGCCUGAAGGAUCUGGGCUGCCUGCGAGGGACUCAUAUGCCAGGAUAUCAGAAAGGAGAGUUUGAAGCCUUUUUGGGAAUUCCCUUUGCCCAGCCGCCAGUAGGACCACUUCGUCUUAAGAAUCCUGUGCCGGCUGAGGCCUGGGAGGGAGUACUCGAUGCUGGAUCGGCAAAGGACGGCUGUUUGCAGAGAAACUACUUUUCAAACAAUAGGGAUGUGAGGGGAGUGGAAGACUGUCUCUACCUGAACGUCUAUAGACCCAAGCAACGAGAUGGAAAUCCCCUGCCUGUAAUGUUCUACAUACAUGGUGGUGGUUUCUUUAGCGGCACUGCCCAUCCAGUGGCUAGUGGACCUGAGUAUUUAAUGGAUACGGAGAAGGUGAUCAUGGUAACCGUUGGCUAUCGCCUAGGACCUUUUGGUUUUCUUAGCACUGGCGAUGAGAAUAUGCCGGGAAAUUUCGGAUUAAAGGAUCAGCGGUUGGCUCUGCAGUGGGUUCAGCAGCAUAUAGCUGAAUUUGGAGGAGAUCCUCAGAUGGUCACGAUCCUUGGACACAGUGCAGGAGGAAUAUCUGUACACCUGCACAUGCUUAGUCCUAGUUCAAAGGGACUCUUCCAAAAAGCCAUGUCUUUGACGGGCACAAUGUUUAUUCCAGCCAUGCACAUCCUUGAGGAUCCUUUAAGUCAAGUUAGACAGCUGGCCAAGGAGAUUGGUAUCGAUCAGGCAGAGAGUCUAAGUACCCAGGAUCUAGCACAAGCACUUCGCGAUGUAGAUCCCAUGAAGCUGCUCCUCAGUGUGGAUAGUUUCAAGACCUAUGAUAACCUGCCCCUCAUCAGCACGCAACCAGUUUUGGAGGCAGCAUCUCCUGAAGCCUUCUUGGUGGAAGAUCCGCUAAAGGCCCAUCGCGAGGGUCGUAUCAACCAGGUGCCCUGGGUAGUCAGCCUCAAUUCUCGAGCUGGAGAGGGAGCCUUGACCUUGUUGCGCUCCUUCACGUGCCCAAAACGUAUGGCAGCCUUCAAUGAAAAGUUCCUGGAACACCUGGCCUUGGUGCUCAAUCUUCCCCAGGGAACUCCUCCACAAAAGGUCAGGGAAAUACUGGAUGCAUACGGUUUUCAGGGGGAGACCCUGAACAACGAUACAAUGUUGACUUUGGCCGAAAUCGCUGGUGAUUUCAACUUUUUCUUUCCGAUCUACGAAACAAUUUCUUCUUAUGCCAGCUAUGCCAAUCUUGAAGAGAACCCACUAUCCAUCUAUAUCUUUGAGUUUACCGGUCUGCACUCAAUAUCACUUAUGUUCGGUGCUUCCCCCGAGGAUUUCGGCUUGGGAGGAGCUCACAUGGAUGAUGGUCUGCACACCAUAAGAUUGCCGAUUCUCGUAGAGGAUUUUCCCAAGGACUCUGUAGAUGCCAAGGUUGUCCAAAGGAUGACUUCGCUUAUAACGGACUUUGCUAAAACAGGUGUCUUCCAUGAGGGAUCCAUCUGUAAGGCUUCCGAUUUCAAAGAUCAAGGAAUGUGCAGCUACUUACAUUUUGGUGGCACCACUGAAAAAUACGAAGAAGAUGUUCGCCAAAGUCUGGAGCUUACUUACUUUCCCAUAUGGAAGAAAUUAUUUAUGCUUCGCGGACCACCGGCGAUGAUUCAACUACUGCUGCUGCCGCUACUUCUUGGCCAGAUGUGCGCGGCUUUGACCACGGUGGACCAGCCGGUCACCGUGUGCCCGCCCAGCGUGGGCUGCCUGAAGGGCACCUAUCGCCGGGGCUAUCAGUCCGAGAGAUUCGAGGCCUUCAUGGGCAUUCCCUAUGCCCUGCCGCCCGUGGGAGAUCUGAGAUUCAGUAAUCCCAAGGUGAUGCCCAAGCUGCUGGGGCUAUACGAUGCCAGUGAGCCCAAGAUGGACUGCAUCCAGAAGAACUAUCUUUUGCCCACUCCUGUCAUCUACGGCGAGGAGGAUUGCUUGUACUUGAAUGUCUACAGACCAGAGGUCAGAGACUCACCUUUACCCGUUAUGGUCUAUAUCCAUGGCGGCGGAUUCUUUGGUGGCUCUGCAGGACCGGGAGUUACAGGACCUGAGUACUUUAUGGACUCGGGUGAAGUUAUUCUGGUGACCAUGGCCUAUCGACUAGGGCCUUUCGGAUUCCUCUCCACCCAGGAUGCUGUGAUGCCAGGCAACUUUGGCCUCAAGGAUCAGAACCUGGCCCUGCGUUGGGUGCAGCGCAACAUUCGCUCCUUUGGCGGAGAUCCCCAGCAAGUGACCAUUUUUGGCCAGAGUGCCGGCGGAGUGGCUGCCCACAUGCACCUACUGAGUCCCAGAUCCCAGGGACUUUUCCACCGGGUGAUCAGCAUGAGCGGCACGGCCAAUGUGCCCUUCGCCAUUGCGGAUGAGCCACUGGAGCAGACUCGUCUCCUGGCGGAGUUUUCCCAAAUUCCAGAUGCACGAAAUUUGAGUACGGUGAAGUUGGCAAAAGCCUUGCGACGUUUGGAAGCCACAAAACUCUUGGAUGCCGGGGACAAUCUUAAAUUUUGGGAUGUGGAUCACAUGACCAAUUUCCGACCCGUGGUAGAGAAGGGUUUGGAGGCUGAGGCCUUUCUCAGUGAGCAUCCUAAGGAUAUCAUGGCUCGGGGCGAACGAGCACCCAUUCCCCUGCUUUUGGGCACAGUUCCUGGCGAGGGUGCCGUUCGGGUGGUCAAUAUCCUGGGCAACGCGACUCUCCGCCAGAGCUUCAACUCCCGAUUCGACGAACUGCUGCAGGAGCUGAUGGAGUUCCCGCCCAACUUCAGCCAGGAGCGACUCAACAAAAGCAUGAAACUCCUCGUGAGGGAGUACUUCCAGGAUCAGCAUGAAGUCAACGAGGAGACUGUUCAAGGAUUCAUGGAUUUAAUUUCAGAUAGGGGCUUUAAGCAACCCCUGUACAACACAAUUCGAAAGGAUGUCUGUCAUACCCCCAAUCCCAUUUACUUAUAUAGCUUCAACUAUCGGGGACCUCUGAGCUAUGCCUCUGCGUACACUUCCGCCAAUGUUACUGGGAAAUAUGGGGUUGUUCACUGUGAUGAUCUUCUCUAUCUGUUCCGUAGUCCCCUAAUUUUCCCGGACUUUGAAAAGAACUCUACGGAGGCAAAGGUAAUCCACUCAUUUGUGGAUUAUUUCAUACAAUUUGCCAAGUUUGGAAAACCUAGGAAUGCCGAGUCACUGACCCCUUGUUCCAUAGAGGCGCUUCAGUCACGUCCCAACGGGAUAUGCGAUUACCAGGAAUUCGCCAAUGGGGCAGGUCCCUCCAAGGUUUUUGAGGUUUACGUGGCUAGCGAAUUCCAAACGGACAGGGUGAAGCUCUGGUCCCAUAUACUCAAUGAAAAGUCGACUGAAUCUUAAACCUAAGUCACUUAUAAUACAAUGUAUAUAAAAUGUUCGCUACUAAAAAAAGACUAGAGUAUAAGAAUAAAUUAUGCUGUUAUAAGAAAAUAAUACCAAAUAUAAGAGUUUGGAUAAAAAAGUAUAAACGCUUUGAUAUAGAAGUAUUAAGAAUACUUAUACUUUAUAAAACAUAUGUUUUAUGAUUGUAUUUAAUUUUAAUAUUAUACGUAGGAUUUGUCUAAGCAAAAACAAUACCUAAAUAAAUAUCCGAAGGGUAAGGCUUACAUAAGUCGUAAAAGAAAA